CCUGCUAUAUGUCAUUCAUGCACGGUCUCAGGAUGCGAUAGACGCAGAAGAAGAGAAGAAGACAGGACUCUUUUUAUUUGGACAAAGCUGAACGCAGGGAAUCCAGAACCGGGUCCAAACCCUCUGCAACACACUCCUCUACCAUGCCUCUUAUUGAACAAAUUUCUCAGUGUGAGCUGGAGCGGUUGGUGGUGGACCGGGUCGUGCCGGCCCUGCAGGACCGGGGCUUCUUCUACACAGACCACUUUCUGAGCGAGCCAGCCGGGGAGCUGGUUCUGGACCGGGUCAUGGAGAUGCACCACUCCGGGAUGCUGCAGGACGGACGCUUGGCCGCGGGGACCGGGCGUGCGGGCUCGGUCACACGGGUCCACAGCCGGAAAAUCCGAGGGGAUCAGAUGGCUUGGGUCAGCGGGGCGGAGCGGAACAACGAGCCCAUCCGCUUCCUAUUGGCCCUGAUGGACAAACUGAUCCGUCUGAGUCUGGACCGGCUCGGGAAUCGCGGAAUCCGGGAGCGAUCCCAGGCGAUGGUGGCGUGUUACCCAGGACAUGGAACAGGAUAUGUGAAGCACGUCGACAACCCAAACUCAGACGGACGCUGUAUCACCUGCGUCUAUUACCUGAACAAGAACUGGAAUGCCAAGGAGCACGGUGGCGUCCUGCGGAUCUUCCCAGAGGGUCAAGGCUACGUGGUGGACAUCGAGCCUCUCUUUGACAGACUGCUGUUAUUCUGGUCCGACCGCAGAAAUCCACACGAGGUCCAGCCCUGUUAUGCUACCAGGUACGCCAUCACCGUCUGGUACUUUGACUCGGAGGAGAGAGCGGCGGCCAAGAGACGCUUCAGAGACCUCGCUGCUUCCACCCAGGAAGAGGGGAGCUCCACCUCAUGAGGGCAAAUGUCGCCCUCUGGUGACUAAACAUUGAACUGCAGCCCAGAAGCGACGUCUCUCCGUUCUGGCUUCAAGUAUAAAGUGAUUCUGCUGGUAUAUUUGCCCGAAAAACUGAAACAAAAAGAAAAGGAAAAAAGAAGCUUCAUCAUGUGUUCUUUCAUAGAUAAAUGAACUUUUAGAUUCUGGACUUGAGGUUCGGGGUCGUUUUCAGCCUGCUGAGGGAUGAAGAGUCUUGCUUGGAGGAAUCCUGACGAAAAAGAAAAGAAAAGUUAGUGUCGCUUUCUUCGCUUCAUGUGCUGCUGUACAACACAGUCACAACACACAAGUUCAGAAAACAGACAAACCGGACCGAUUCACUUCUGUGUGACUGGAAACUAGAAUGAUGGACAGAAGGAAAAGACGAGGAUUAGACCUCCAUGGCCCAACACUUGGGGGGGGGGUAGUGGUUUUUAUGAUGCAAAAUAUGACAUUUCCCUGAAAGCUUUUCAGUACUGAAGAAAAGAAGGUAUUUACUUUGCUAUUCACAUUUGAAGGACCUUUAGGUCUUAAAAAUUAGCCAACACACGAAGGGAACAGGUACAAGUCAAGACAAGUGUUUAAUCAGACAACCCACGUAUGGACUACAGCAGUGUGUGGAAAUGCUGAAAGCAUAUUUCAAGUGUACGUCUGAGUUUUGAGUUUGUCAUUUGCUGAGACAUCCAGUAGGACAAACCAGAGACAGAGACUGAAAACCUCCCCCUGGGAGACCAGGAGAACCAGAGCUGGGUGGAUACUGGGACUUCUGGGAACACUGGGCAUACUGGGGAGGAGGUGGGAGAAAGAGAGCAUGCUUAGGGGCACAUUAGCAUUAUUCAUGAGCCACUAGUCUGAUUGGCUGACAGUAUUGCUGGCCCCGCCCCUUCCCCUUUGGCAGAGACUAUAGCUACCCAACCAGAAGCUCCCUUGCUCUUAGCAUGAGCAGUCUUCAGCAAAACCCGGGUUGGUUGUCCCCGGUGUGAUGUCACUCUGAGGGACAGUUCUGAUUGGUGUGAUCAAGGGUAAGGUCAUUAGGUCCCAUAAACAGGCUGGUGGGACAGAGAUGUUCAUUCAGUGCGGCGAAGUGAUGACAGAAAAAUCCAGCCCAAGACAGGACACUUCUUAUUUUCCAUCCCCUCUUUGAACAGCUUGCACUUUUUAAAUGAACCACUGGCAGACACUUGGAGAGAAGGAACUCCUGUGUUCACACUUUUGGAGAAAAAGUCAGAUAAAACGAGGAAGUACAUUUUGUCUCAGCUGUUUUCAGAAACACUAGUUGUAACGUGAUCACUUACUGAAAUAAUGUGUGUGUGUGUGCGCGUGUGCGCUGGUUAAAAACCCAAAUCUAAAAUGGCUGACUGGUUGAGUUCUCUGUCUCUGUGCCACCCAGAAACACAGAAGGGCAAAGAGGACGUGGAUCUCCUGAUGCAGCACAUCUGGCUGUCGGAGACUCUGUGAGCCCGGAUGAAUAAUUGAUGCUCAGUUGAAAAGUGUCCUCAGAGAUUCUAUUGAGAAAGAGACGUCAGGUGUUCUGACGAUGUAUGCUGCCUUUUCGAAAAAUGCCACUGUAGCGCGAAUCGAUGGCAAUCUAACCCCAACCCCAACCUCCUAACACCCCAACCCCAGACACUCACCUCACCACCUCCUACAUAGGACACACACUGGUACAGUAACAGCAGGAGAUUGAGGACUGCGACUUUAAGUGACCCUGACAGGCUUUCUGGCAUGUGGUCUUGUGUAUUUGUCAGCUUGUUUGCUGGACAGAGAAGCUGACAGAAAACUCCUGAUGACAAAUGACAUAAAUAUGAUGUAAUGAAUGUUGUGCGAAGGGAGAUGUGUUGGUCUUUUAAACAUCGGGACGAAAUAAAUCUUCU